AUGUACACAGUCCAGAUAGUCUCAUUACCGCAUUUCUAUCUCAAGGCUGUGUCUUUGGAGCAGCUUCUGGGAGCAGGGGACGGCAAGUGGCAGCAUACAUUCCACGCUCAGGGGCAGUGGAAUGAAACAGUUGAGCUUUUUCGCGCUAGGAUGCCCUUACGAAAACAUCGCUGUCGGUUCAAAAGUUACGAACAUUGCUUCACAGCGGCCGAAGCUGUGGAUUGGCUACAUGAGCUGCUGAGGUGCAGUCAAAACUUUGGCCCUGAAGUGACCCGUAAACAAACAGUGCAGCUUCUAAAAAAAUUCCUGAAGAACCAUGUUAUUGAAGACAUCAAGGGAAAAUGGGGUCAGGAAAAUUUUGAAGACAAUGGUCACCUGUACAGAUUUCCCCUUUCCUCACCCCUGAAACCAUAUCCAAAGAGGCCCCCGUGCCAAAAAGAUGUUGUUAAAUUUCCACAGUGGAAUGAACCCCUACCAGGCACUUCCCAGGAGAACAUCCCAGCGAGGCCAGUGGUGAUGAAUUCUGAGAUGUGGUUCAAGCGUCACAGCAUUGCUAUUGGAGAGGUGCCAGCUUGCCGUCUCGUUUACCGCAGACAGCUGACAGAGGCCAACGUAGAAGAGAUAUGGAAGUCUAUGACAUUAUCGUAUUUACAGAAGAUCCUUGGCCUAGAUUCUUUAGAAGAAGUUUUAGACAUCAAACUUGUCAAGUCCAAGUUCAUCAUACAUAAUGUAUAUAGUGUGAGCAAGCAGGGAGUUGUUAUCCUUGAUGACAAGUCAAAAGAACUUCCUCAUUGGGUAUUGUCAGCAAUGAAGUGUUUGGCAAAUUGGCCUAAUUGUUCAGAUUUGAAGCAGCCUGCAUACUUAGGAUUUGAAAAAGAUGUCUUUAAAACUAUAGCAGAUUACUAUGGUCACUUGAAAGAACCUCUGCUUACUUUUCAUCUCUUUGAUGCCUUUGUCAGUGUUUUAGGUUUGUUACAGGAAGAGAAAAUAGCCAUCGAAGCAUUUCAGGUUUGCUGCCUCCUCCUGCCACCUGAAAAUAGGAGAAAGUUACAGCUGUUGAUGAGGAUGAUGACAAGGAUUUGCUUAAAUAAGGAGAUGCCACCACUCUGUGAUGGUCUUGGCACUCGGACACUGAUGAUUCAGACAUUUUCUCGUUGCAUCUUGUGUUCCAAGGAUGAAGUGGACUUGGAUGAGUUAUUAGCUGCUAGGUUGGUGACAUUUCUGAUGGACAAUUACCAAGAGAUUCUGAAAGUCCCUUUGGCCUUGCAGACCUCCAUAGAGGAGCAUGUAGCUCACCUACGAAGAGUGCAGAUAAAGUACCCAGGAGCCGACAUGGAUAUUACCUUAUCUGCUCCAUCAUUUUGCCGUCAGAUCAGUCCAGAGGAAUUCGAAUACCAAAGAGCGUAUGGCUCUCAGGAACCUCUGGCAGAUUUGUUGGAGGAAGUUAUAACAGAUGCCAAACUCUCUAGCAAGGAGAAGAAGAAAAAACUGAAGCAGUUUCAAAAAUCCUAUCCUGAAGUCUACCGAGAACGAUUUCCUACACCAGAAAGUGAGGCACUUCUGUUUCCUGAAAAAUCAAAACCAAAACCACAACUGCUAACAUGGGCACUAAAAAACCCCUUCCAGCCAUUCCAAAGAACUAGAAGUUUUCGGAUGUGA